CCUUUACAUUGAAAGCCAUGACAUGUGUAACCCGCGCGAGCUGCGGCGUCUGUCUGUACAUGUAUGUAUCUGUGUAUGUAUUCGGUCAAUCGUACAUAUAAAAUCAGGCAACGAAGAGAGAGAGAGAGUUUCAAUUUCAAGGCUAGAGAGAGAAAGAAUGGGAGAAGAAAGACACUGGAGAAGGCGACCGCCGGCGGCGUUCAUCCUAACGAUCGAGAACUACGUUAAACUAUCCGAGAAAGUGGACAAGUUUGAAUCUCAUCCCUUCAGUGCCUGUGGAUACACCUGGACGUUGAUCAUGUAUCCGAAAGGAAACAAAGAGGAUGGAGGGGGUGGCCACACAUCCCUUUACGUCAAAAUAGACGAAGCUUGCCUUAGAGAUGCUGCUGGUGGUGAAGUUUAUGCUGAAGUUAAAUUUUACCAAUACCGUUACACCUGGGGCCAAUACGUGAUCUUGAAGAAUAAUAACGAAGUGGCACGGUUCCGCAGGGAGAAACCAGAGUACGGAUUUGGGAGAGUGUCGGAGUAUCCUGGAUACAUACAAGCAGGAGAAGGCUUCGUAGGGGAAGAAGGGUCAAUUCUGGUGGGAGUCGACAUUUUCGUUGCCCCAAUUUAUAAACAAUCUCAGGUGUUGUCCUUGAAGGACACAAUAGACGAUUCCUUCUUCAGCUGGACUCUUCGGAGUUUCUCCGCCUUGUCCCAACAUGUUUAUCAAUCUGUCCAUUUCUCUGCCGGAGGCAGAUGUUGGGCGUUGAAACUGUAUCCCAAUGGUAACGGAGCCGGAGAGGGCAACUCGUUAUCCCUUUAUGUGGUUUGUAGAGACGCAGAGCCCAACGAAAAGAUAUACCUUAGAGCCAAACUGCAAGUUGCUGAUCGACGCCGCUCUAAGCAUGCCGAAAAGCUUGGUACUCCUUUUAAUUCUAUGCCUGCAUUGAUUUCUUUGACUAUUCAUAUACAUAUACGCAUGUGUCAGUUGACGAUUGGUCCAACACUCGGGAAGUGGGGUGGGGAUAUCAGCAAUUUGUGCCUCUCGCGGAGAUCAGAGAUCCAUCCAAAGGUUUCCUCUUGAAUGAUGCCUUGAAGAUACAUGUCGAAUUUAUCCAGCUUACCAAAUCCACCUACUUCAAAUGAUACGCUGCGUGCCUGUGUGUGUGUAUACACACAUACCAGCAAGCGCUUGGAGCAGAGGGAAUAACAAUAACAAUAAUAACAAGGGUUUUCUGUUAAUAAUAUUAUGCAUGUGAUUUCAGAAUGAGGAGAAGCAUGUAUAAAAGUUCAAGAACACGAACACAAUUAAACAGAUGUAACUCUCAAAGCUGUUUCUUCCUCAUCAUCAUAUUACAGACAUUA